UUUCCCCUCAACGCCUCAACCAAGAUGAAACUCCCGUCCAAGCUAGCCUUUCUCAUCACUUUCACCCUCGCCGUUUCGGGCGAGUUCCCAAACCACAAGGUCGUCCUCAAGUCCCUCCAGGAGGUGGAAUUCGAGUGUAAACAAUACCUCCGGAUACCGGCGGACGCCGAAGGCGACUGCGAACCCCGCUGCGAGCAGAUCCUGCUCCGAGCGUGGACCGACUGUCACGGCUUUCGCAGCGUCCCCUUCGGCCGCCACUUCCACCCAGACCAGGCCGAUGGGGACUUCCUGAACCGCACCCAGCUCUGCCUGGACGCGGCCCUGGAAGACGUGCUCGAGGAGGAGGUCUGCUGUCAAAGUUCGCUCGCGUGGCAGUGCUACCGCGAUCAGUACGGAAACCCGCGGCACGUGCCGCAGCUGGCACCGAUGCCGGACAUCCUCGUGCGGAGUACCGUCGAAGACUGCGCCCGCCUUCUCCAAAUCAACGACCUUGAGCUGACGCUGUACGCGCUGACGCGCUUUGACGUGAACGACCGGUCGCACCGCCUACUGCGCUGCAUCGUGAUCCGGCAGGGACUGUACGGGGACGUCGAGGGGCCGAAUGUGGACCGGAUGUACGUGCAGGGCGGUGGGGAAGAGAUUGACGAGAACAGUUUUAGGGAGAACGCUCGCGAGUGCGUCGAAUAUCUACGUCGUGAAUGUCACGACAACAGCACGUUGGCCACCCGGAUCGUAAAUAACUGCUUCCCACCUGGAUCCGGCCCUGGAACGGUCGCGCUGGUCAACACUGUCUUUCCGGUAGUGAGUUCCCUGAUAGGUUCCGUCCACGAUCUAGUCCGCACCCUAAGAAAUCUCGAUCCGUUGCUGAAACCGUUGGUUCCAGUCCUAGCCGGGCCACAUUACGCUCUGAACCCUGAAAUUCACAAUAACCUGCUCGACCUUCAAGUCGAGUCACUCAUCCCCUGAUU